ACCUCCAUGUCACCGGGACGUCUCCAUGGCGAUGUUUAGCAGCGCCGAGCGGCUCUGGAACGAGUCUGACGGCUUUGCAUGGGAGGAGAAGAACGAGAGCUCGGAUGUGUCGGUGAAGGAUGAGGGGGAGUGCAACUACUACGCCAUGCUGUACUCCCUGCUCAUCGUGGCCAUCGUGUUUGGGAACGUGCUGGUGUGUCUGGCGGUGUUGAGGGAACGCUCCCUCCAGACGACCACCAACUACCUGGUGGUCAGUUUGGCUGUGGCUGACCUUCUGGUGGCCUCACUGGUCAUGCCCUGGGCUGUGUACCUGGAGGUGGUCGGCGGUGCUUGGCUUUUCAGCCGCAUCUACUGUAACAUCUUUGUCACGCUGGAUGUGAUGAUGUGCACGGCCAGCAUCCUUAACCUGUGUGCCAUCAGCAUUGACAGGUAUACAGCAGUGGUGAUGCCCGUUUUGUACAACACGACUCAUCGCUCGAGGAAGAGAGUUUUUGCAAUGAUCGCCACAGUGUGGGUUCUUGCAUUCACCGUCUCCUGUCCUCUGCUGUUUGGCUUCAACACCACAGAUGACCCCAGAGUGUGCUCCAUCUCCAACCCCGACUUUGUGAUUUAUUCCUCCGUGGUGUCCUUCUACCUGCCAUUUAUCGUCACCCUGCUCGUAUACAUCCGCAUCUACGUCUUCCUCAGGAUGAGGAGGAAGAGGAUCACCUUCGGGCAGGCCAGCGGAAAAGUGCAGCCUGGCUCCACCCAGCUGUCCGUGGAGACGUGUCUGCAGGAGGAAACUCCCAAGGCAAAGCAAGACUUGUCACCUAUAAGGAUUAAAGUGCAGAGUGUAGAACCUCCGGGCCUUUCCAAGCCGAAUCUACUCUCAGGCUGCCUGUGGCGCAAACGCCCCAAAACAGGACCGGUGGAAAACUUGGUGCUGCCCCCAGUGGACACGCACAACUACUGCAGCAUCAGCCACGCCUCCUGUGGCCGCACAGAGCUGGAUCUGGAGCAGGAGCGAGGGGAGCGGGAUGGACAGGACAACAACCAGGCCGAACAUCCUCCUGUCAGGAUGGGCUGCGAGGUGAUGGACCUGUCAAACGGACGGACGCACACGGCGCUGCGGCCGAUGUCUCUUUCACACAUCAAUCCACGAUUCAGAACCCUGCACGCACGAGAGAAAAAGGCUACACAGAUGUUGGCCAUCGUGCUUGGGGUGUUUCUCAUCUGCUGGCUGCCUUUUUUUGUGACUCACAUUCUGAACACCCACUGCAGGACAUGCUACGUGCCUCCUGAACUUUACAGCGCUUUCACCUGGUUGGGGUAUGUCAACAGUGCCCUUAACCCCGUCAUCUACACCACCUUCAACAUCGAGUUCAGACGGGCCUUCAUCAAAAUCCUCAGCUGCUGAGAGGAGAACAU